AUGUUUAUGUUGUGCAAGCUUGUUCAUAGAUCACUAAUAUGCACUUAUUUCACUGUCAUAGGUGUCAUUCCUGCAACUAUUGGGAAGCUUCAGAAACUAGAAAAAUUGUUCUUAAACGAGAACCAAUUCACAGGAGUUCUUCCAUCCUCUCUCGGUGACCUAACACAGUUGCUUGAACUCCAUUUAGAUCAAAACAGUUUGCAAGGAGGAAUACCCUCAAGUUUUGGGAAGCUACAAGAGUUGCUACUCUUGGAUCUCUCACACAACAAGCUUUAUGGCUCCUUUCCCAAGGAAAUAACAGAACUUACUUCGCUGACAGAUUACCUUAACUUGUCACAUAACUCACUGAUUGGGCCCCUGCCAUCAGAAGUUGGCAGAUUGAAGAAUCUUGGAACAUUUGAUGUUUCUGAAAAUGAUUUGUCAGGAGAGAUUCCUAGCACCUUCUCAGAUUGUCAGGUCCUGCAAUACCUCUAUAUGCAAGGCAACCAUUUUCAGGGGGCCAUUCCAUCUUCUUUGAGCUCUUUGAACGGUAUUACAGUACUAGAUCUCUCUCGUAAUAACUUGUCCGGGUCCAUUCCAGAAUCUUUUGAGGGCUGUCAGAAUUUGCAUCUUCUGAAUCUCUCCUUCAAUGAUCUCGAUGGCCGAAUACCAAAUGCAGGGAUCUUUCUGAAUGCAAGUUUGGUGUCGGUUGUCGGAAACCACAAUUUAUGCGGAGAAAACCAUGAGUUGGACUUGCAAAUAUGUCCCAACCAAGAGUUCAGCAGACCACAUGAGCCUCAUGCACUCAAAGUAGUCAUCUUCACAACUGGAAUUGUGGUACCUCUAGUUGUUGUGUUCCUGUGUGCUAUUAGACUUUGGAAGCCAAGGAGCAAGAUAUCUUUGCCUCUGCUCCCCUCAGAGGGCAAGUAUCCAAUGCCUUCUUUUGCUGAGUUGGCCAGAGCAACUAAUGGGUUCUCUACGGCUAAUCUAAUAGGUGAGGGAAGCUUUGGCUGUGUGUAUAGGGGAGUGGUGAAUUUUGAGCCAAAGGAGGUUGCUAUUAAGGUAUUCCAUCAUCAUCAACGAGGGGCUUUAAAGAUUUUCCAAGCUGAAUGCAAAAUCUUGAGAAGCAUUCGGCAUCGAAACCUCCUUAAGAUCUUGAAUGCUUGCUCUAGCUUCGACCACAGUGGUCAUGUUUUCUUGGCUCUGGUAACCGAGUUCAUACCGAAUGGGAGUUUAGACAAGUGGCUACACCCGAGAGUGGACGGGGGGGAGGUGUCGCAUAAGUUGACCCUUCUUCAAAGAGUGAACAUAGCAAUCGAUGUGGCUUUGGCUUUGGAGUAUCUACAUCAGUACAAUGGCACACCAAUUGUUCAUUGCGAUUUGAAGCCAAGCAAUAUUCUUUUGGACAAGGAUAUGGUUGCUCAUGUGUGCGACUUUGGACUUGCCAAAUUUCUGAUCACACCCCCUUGUGGGGAUUCUUCUCCAGUGACAAGCCAUCCAAUUGGAAUAAAAGGAUCCAUUGGAUAUGUUGCUCCAGAGUAUGGCAUGGGCAGCAAAGUCUCUACUCAAGGGGAUGUGUACAGUUAUGGAAUACUUUUGCUGGAGAUGUUCACUGGACUAAGACCCACUGAUGAUAGAUUUAAAGAUGGUCUAGACCUUCAUACUUUUGUAAAGAUGGCAUAUCCUCAACACGUAAUGGAUAUACUAGACCAGGCUCUACUCCUGGACGAGGAGAAUGGAAUAAAUAUAUCCUCUUGUCAAAGUGCAGUCAGUGCAAGCGAGGAAGCUCAGAAUUGCUUGCUAUCAAUCAUUAAAAUUGGUCUCUUCUGUACCGAGGCAUUGCCACAACAACGAAUGAAUUUGGGAGACGUCAUCAAAAUAAUGCACGCCGCUAGGGAGACACUUCUAAGAGAUUCACCUCGUGAGAGUCCAAAAAUAUCUCAAUUGAACAACUACAAUGCAUCUUCCUGA